GUUUUUAAUUUUCCUUCCUCUGCCUGAGAGAUGUACUUGUCCAAUGGCUGUCUGUCCUGUGGGUGUCUGGUUUCACAGGAAGUUGUAUCUUCUUAAACUAGAGCACUGCCUGCUUCAGGGUGUGAUAUUACAAUGGAAUUUACACAGACCUGCUUCAUCCACAUCCUCCUCGCGUUCCUAUUCAUGUCAUCAGAUGCUGAGGGCAUCAUCACCAUCAAAGCAAACAAAGGGCAGAAGAUCCUUCUCCCCUGCAACGUAUCUGAGGACAGUCUUAAUAAAACAUAUACUGUCCACUUCAGGAAGAAUGGAGCCUCUUCAGUCCUCUGUUAUUACCGUGUGUCAUUCAAUACCAUAAGAGACAGGAAGUGUGGAUCCCGUUAUGUGACUGAAGGACAACCUCCGCAACUUUACUUAACAAAUGUCAGCUUCAGUGACUCUGGGGUCUACAACUGCUCUGUGGCAAGACAAAUUCCGCCACCAACCGAGGAGAAAUUCUAUUUGGCGAAUAUUACAGUUCAAGGUGUCGUCAUAGAAAAACUGAACAGCAGUAACCAAGACUGUAUGGAGCUCCUGUGUAGGACAGAAGGACUGGCCCAGAAUCAGCUGACGUUCCACUGGACCUGGGGCACAUCUGGAAACAAUUACAAUGCAAGUCAGAAUCUGAAUCUGUGCAAACCUGGCUGGAGCAACUGUGACACAUUCGCCUGUAAUGUCAGCCAUGACAACGGAUUCUUCAGCGACACCUUCGUCUUUCCAGAGUGUUCCACCAACAUGAACUCAAUCGUCAUAAUGUGCAUCGCGCUGUCAGCAGGAGUCGUCCUCAUCCUUCCAAUCAUCUGUUGUUGCUGCAAAUAUCAGAAGAGAAAAAAAGAAGAUCACACGGCCACAGUCUUCAGCAACAAGAUCUAUGAGAACUUCAGCUUCAGUGGACCUGGGCCGACGACAGACACCGUGAAACACGAGGAGUGCAUUUAUGAGAAUUAACUGUCGGUUCACUAUCUGUAGCUAUUUCUGAAAUAUAGUGACUGAUAUUUUGCGUCACCCUCAUCUGUGCCUCACAGUAGCACUUUGCAUGGACGGAAAAAGACCAGUCUUGUCUUGUCAUGUGACUUGGUGGUAAGCUUAGCAUUUCACCCAGUUUCCGUGGGAGCAGCAUCGUUUUUUUUUGGGGGGGGCCUCAGCCAAAAUGUCACCCACCGCAGAUGUUUCGAAAACUAAAUGUAUAGUGAGGCAGAAAAUUGUAGCUACUGAGCCAGUUAGCAGAACAAGCUGCUUCAGCCUCUCCUAAAUAAGAAAUUAAUAUUUUAAUUUUAAUUAUAAUAUAUUUUUUUAAUUAAUAUAUUAAUAUUUGAUUUCAUGACUGAUUGUGGUUAACAGCCACCUGUAUCCCAAAGUGAGAUUUGUUGGUUGGUCAGAUAACUUGUCAGAUUUAAGGUAACCCGGCUCAAAUGGACUUAAUUACAUAUAACCUGAACUACCUUAAAUCUGACAAGUUAUCUAGCUAUUUCAAUUUGUGAUGCAAGCCCCAGGGGUCUCCAGCAAAUGCAUGGUUAGCGUGGCAGUAAACUCCACUGCCGGGCUUCUGAGCAGGAUGCAAAAAGAGAUGGAUGGGUUGAUGGACUGAUAAAUACACCCCAGUGGCUAAUUUGUUAGGUACACCCGCUUGUGACUGGAAACAGUCUGCACUUCCAAAUAGCAAAUCAUGUGGUUGCAACAUACCAUACAAGGAUGGAUUUUAUUAUCAUUCUGAAAACAUGGGGGUAAUAUGCUAGGGAACGAAAUGAAGUACUGAGAUCCCGUGCACAGCACUUUAGCCUGUUAGUCUGAUUAGCAAGAGUUCUGUGGCCUGACACUCCUCGUUCACUAGGUACACCUGCUUACGACUGUAAACAUUGUGCUGCUCCGAAAUAGCAAAUCAUUAGCAUGCAACAUACUUACCUAGCUUACAGCCUACAUGCAGCACACAAACUGGGUUAAGAGGUGUUGUUACCAUUUGGUUAACCACUGAAGCUGCUGGGAACCCUGAUUUAAAUGUUCUGGAUGUGGUUUGAUUGUUGGUGUGAGGUGCAGUGGUUCUAGCAUCUCAUAAACAGCCAUCCUUCUUGGGAUUUUCACUCAGGAAACUGGAGUUUACAGUGAACAAAACAGUGGUCUUUACAGGACGGUUUCUCUGAAACUAGCUAGAUGCACCUUACAAAAUAGCCACUGAACACCGAAUAUACACUAUAUGGACAAAAGUAUUGGGGGACGUCUUUUAAUCAUUGAAUUUAAGUGUUUCAUUGAGAUCCAUAAAAUCAAGCAUCUAGCCAUGCAGUCAGGUUCGCAAACAUUUGUGAAAAUAAUGAGUCGUUCUGAAGAGCUCUGCGAAUUCAAGCACGUUACUAUCAUAGGAUGCAACUUUCGCAAUAAGUCAUUUCGUGCAAUAUCUUCUCCGCUAGAUAUUCCAAGGUCAACUGCAUGUGGUGCUAUUACGACGUGGAAGCGUUUAGGAACAACAGAAACUCAGCAACAAAGUGGGAGACGGUGUAAAGAGACAGAGCAGGGUUGCUGAAUGCUGAGGCACAUAAUGUUGUAGUUGACUCACUAACUGCAAAACGUCCUCUGGCAUUAACCCCUGCACAAAAAGCGUGCUAGGAGCUUCAUGGAGUGGGCUUCCAUGGCUGAGCAGCUGCAUGCAAGCCUCACAUCCCCAGGCACAAUGCCAAGCAUCAGAUGCAGUGGUGUAAAGCACACCGCCACUGGACUCUAGAGCAGUAGAAUCGUGUUCUGUGGAGUAACAAAUCACGCUCUGUCUGGCAGUCUGAUAGACAAGUCUGGGUUUGCCGGAUGCCAGGAGAAUGUUACCUGCCUGACUGUAUUGUGCCAACUGUAAAGUUUAGUGAAGGAGGGAUAAUGGUAUGGAGUUGUUUUUUAGGGGUUGGGCUAGACCACUUAGUUCCAGUGAAGGGAACUCUUAUUGCUUCAGCAUACCAAGAUAUUUGGGACAAGUUCAUGCUUCAAAAUCGGUGGGAAAGCUUGGGGAAGACCCUUUUCUGUUCCAGCAUGAAUGCGCCACAGUGCAUAAAGUAAGGUCCAUAAAGACAUGUGUAGGUUCUUGCGUGUACCUAUUGAAGCUUAGCUUGACGCUCGAAAGAUUCUCCCGUCCAAAUUCACUCUAUAAAACUCCAAGAAACUGCUUCGCAAAACUUAACUGUUUACUUAGAAUCUUUAACCAAUAUUACAAACAUAAAAUUUUAUCCACAAAUAAAAUAAAUACAUUUAUAUCAAAAUUCGAGAGCAAUCUUACCAGGAGGUCAAAAAACUAUUUCGCCCCAAUCUCACUCCUCUCCCUCCAACUUCCUAUUCCCCGCCCCCUUUAUCAUAAUAAAAGCACCCCAAUAGUGUCCAUCAGGACUACAUUAAAAGUCCUGUUUUUAAACAUUACAAGUUAGAUCCAAUAAAUCUUAACAUUAUAAAAUAAUGUCUGUCAAACUAAUAAACUUAUACCUUGAAUCAAUAUUAUUUACUGUUAAUUAUUCAAAUCAUACGAAAUGCAUUUAGGCUCCUACAUUUCCGGCCCCUAAUUGUUAACAAUACCAUUAAAACAAUUACUCAAAAUUUAAACUGAAGGAGCCUAAUGAUAUACUAAUCAUCUUAUUAACUCAGUCAAAGCUGAAUAACUUUAGCUUUCAUAUAGUCCAUAACUACAUAAUCACAAAACCAAGCAAUUCUUCUUAACAGUCCAUCAAUUAUCCUCAGACUCUUGCAGCAGACACAGCUUUGUUACUGGUCGCAAAAGUUCAUUGGUCCUGGUCUUGACCUUCACCUGACGAACAAGGCCUUUCUGAUCAGGAAAGGUCUCUAUUAUUCUUCCAAGCGGCCAGGAAUUUCUAGGUGACGUAUCGUCCACAAUCAGCACUACAUCACCGACACAGAAGUUUCUCUGAGGUGUAGACCAUCGUUGACGUUCUUGUAGCUGUGUGAGGUACUCCCUACACCAGCGCUUCCAGAAUAUGUCAGCGAGGUACUGGACUUGUCUCCAUCUUCGAUUUGCGUACUGAUCAUCUUUACUGAACACACCUGGAGGCAGCUCAGGCUUGACUUUCAGUAACAAAAGGUGAUUAGGCGUUAAUGCUUCUAAGUCAUUAACGUCCGAAGAUGCCUUGGUGAUGGGUCUACUGUUUAUGAUGGCCUCAGCUUCACACAAAACGGUAUGUAGACCUUCUUCGUCCACAAGCUGUUCCUUUAUGGUGACGUUCAGAAUCUUUCUCACGGAGCGGAUCAUCCUCUCCCAGGGUCCUCCGUGAUGAGAUCCUGUUGGAGGACUGAAGUGCCACUGGAUACCUUUCUGUUGCAAGUGUUUUUCAAUUACACUGGUAUUCCACCCACUUAUCAAUUUUUUCAUUUCACUGUCAGCUGCCCGGAAAUUAGUUCCAUUGUCUGAAUACAGUUCUUUAACCUGUCCUCUCCUUGCAAGGAAUCUUCUAAUUGCAUUGAGACAUGCAUCAGUGUCCAGUGAAGACGCUACUUCAAGGUGCACUGCUCGUAUGGCAAGACAAGUAAAAAUAACUCCGUACCUUUUUACAUGUCCUCUUCCCCUUUUUACACCAAACGGGCCAAAAUAGUCAAUGCCAACUUUUGUAAAUGGAGGAUCGUCAGGCAGAACCCUGCAUUUUGGCAAAUCUGCCAUGAGUUGCUUGCCAACCGUCCCAUGUAGCUUCUUACAGGUGAUGCACUUAGACAAAAUUCUCCUAAUGACCCCAUUUGCUCCGGGGAUCCAAAAUGUCUGUCGUAACUGAGCCAACAUGUGAUUUCUUCCUGCAUGUGCUGUAACAUCAUGAAUAUGUCUCAGCACAAGACUUGUGAUGUAUGAAUCCUUCGGCAGGAUGGCUUGCUGUUUGGAAUCAGUUGGCAAUGAUGAUCUGCUCAACCUGCCUCCUACUCUCAUAACUCCGUCGUGCAGUACUGGAUUCAACUUAUGCAAUGAACUACUUUUCUUUACCCUUUGUCGUGCCUUUAGCAUUUCCAAGUCCUCUCCAAAUCUUUGCCUUUGGGCAUACUUCACGAUUUCCUUCUCAGCUUUGGUCAGAUCCUCACAAGUUAGGUGUGUUCCCUUAUAGGUUUUCUUGAACUGAUCAAUUCUUUCCCAGCUUGAGAUACUUAGUUCUGUUUUCCUUGCCAUCAGUUCCUUCAGCAUAUUUUUAAAUUUCAAAAACCAUGCUAUGGCACGUUUCAGUUUUGUCCAGGACGAGUAGUACGUCAUCAACUGGUCCAAUGCACCCUUGGGCUUUUGUGUCUGAACGACAUGCGACAGAACAACUCUUUUGACCUCUGGGUCAUCCACAUUUAUCAUCCCAGGGUCUGGAUUCUUAGGCCACUGGUCUUCUGUGCAGAGCAGAAAACUUGGUCCAGAGAGCCAGCUGUCAUUCCUCAAAAAUGCUUCAACAGUUUGUCCUCUCGAGACAUGAUCUGCUGGAUUCAGGUUGGUGUUGAUAUAUCUCCACUGCGAAGCUUGAGAGUGCUCCAGGAUGGUUGUCACUCUAUUAGCAACGAACGUCUUGAAUCUGGCGCUUUCACUAUUCAAGUAUUUUAGCACAACUGUGCUAUCUGUCCAGUAGAUCGAGUCUUGAAGCUCUAAUUCAAGCUCUUUCUUCAACAGCUUAUCCAUUUUGACUGCAACUGAGGCUGCAGUUAAUUCCAUCCUAGGUAUACUGGGAGAUUUCAACGGUGCCACCCGGGCCUUUGCCAUCAUCAGAGUAGACUGAGUCAUGCCAGUUGAUGAGCGUAGCACAAGGUAACUUGUUGUUCCAUAGGCAUCUUCACUCGCAUCAGCAAAGUGAUGCAGCUGAGCGAAGAUUAGUGUACCAAACUGCUUAGCCUUGAUACAUCUGUUAAUGCCAAAAUCCUCUAGCCGUGACAAGUCAGAAGCCCACUUUGUCCAAUCUUUAAUGACAUCAUUUGGUAGACUUUCAUCCCAGCUGUAUUUCUGUCUACAUAAAUCUUGCAGAAUUUUCUUGGCAGGCAGAACUACUGGAGCUAUAAAUCCCAAAGGAUCAAAUAUGGAGCUGACAAAUGAAAGUAGGCCUCUCCUGGUGUGUGGUCGAUCCUUGAGAUUGAUCUUGAACUUGAAUUGGUCCGUCUCAGCACACCACUGGAUUCCCAGUGCUCUCUCCACCGGUAGAUUGUCCAUAUUCAAAUCCAGAUCUUGAAAUCCCUCAGCUUUCUCAUCUACAGGAAUUGAAUUAAGCAACUUCCUGCUGUUGCUUGACCAUUUGGUUAGCCGAAAACCACCUUUGGCUAACAUAUUCCGCAAGUUGGUGCACAGGGUGACUGCUGUGUCUUCAUCAGCUGUUGACUUAAGGCAGUCAUCCACAUAAAAAUUUCUCUUUACCGUUUUGGCGGCUUCUUGUCCAAAUUCGUCUUCAAAAUCGGCUGCGCAUUUCUGUAGAGCAAAGGUUGCAACACUUGGUGAUGAUGUUGCACCAAAGAUGUGAACCAGCAUCUUGAAUUCAACAAGCUCCUUCUGAUAAUUCCCUUGCGGCCACCAUAGAAAUCUCAGUAGAUUUGUAUCACCAUCUUUGACCCCGACUUGAUAAAACAUAGCCUCCACAUCGGCCAUAACGGCAAUGGUUUCUUGCCUGAAUCUUGUAAGAACCCCCAGCAGCGAACUUGUCAGGUCUGGUCCUUGUAGGAGUUGCUGAUUUAGCGAUGUUCCUCCAAAGCUUGCUGCACAAUCAAAGACAACACGCAGCUUUUGCUUGACAGGAUGUCUGACUCCAUGAUGAGGCAGAUACCAAGUUCUUCCUUCAAUCAUUUCACAUUCAGCAUUGGCUAUUUUCACUGCAUAGCCUUUCCUGACAAUGUCCUCCAUAAAUGCAACAUAUUCUGCAUGAUACUCAGCAUCUUUAGAAAACCUCUUUCGCAAGUUCAAUGCACGUUGCUCCGCGACUGAUCUGUUGUUUGGCAUACACAACAGCUCACUUCUCAAUGGAAGGCAAAUAGUGUAAUGUCCAUCUUUCAGCUGUGUUGACAGAGAUACCAUGCUAAUAAACUGGUGAUCUUCCUUGGACAUUUCAAUGUUUUCAUUUUGCCCAGCAUCAGGAAAGUCCAGCUUGAACUGUUGAUGCCAAAGCUCUUCUAACCUAGCUACUGAGAUUCGGUUUGUUGUGACUGUUGCCAUUCUAUCUAUUUUCAGUCCAUCAUUUCCUCCUCUAAGAGGUCCAUUUACCGUCCAGCCCAAAACUGUCCUCACGGCAUAUGGUCCAUUAUCCACGCUACUCACCACCUGAAGAGGCUCCAUUGCCUUAGGCACGUUGGCUCCUAUAAGUAAUCCAACAUCUGCCUCUACAGUUGGUAACUUCACAUCCUUUAAGUAAGGCCAGCUGAUGACAUCCUCUUGGCGUGGGAUAUUAUCCAUAGUUACAGGAAUGGCCUUUUGAGAAAACACUUCUGAAAGUUCAAUAAACUGGUUGCCUUCUAGGCUACUGAUUUCCAGUCCUGUUACAAUAUGUGUAUUCACCACAGACUCGCUUCCCAUUGUUCGCAACGAGAUGCUUGUGUGGCGUCCUUUCAUGUUCAGUUUAUUUAUCAGUGACUCUGUAGCAAAGGUAGCAGAACUUCCAGGAUCCAGAAACGCAUACGUUAUUACCAUCUUUGUGCCUUUACGUGCCUUGACCAGUACUGGAACAAUUGAAAGAAAACAAUCUUCUUUACCGGCCCCGGUGACGCCACAGAUUUCUGCCAUUUGAACAAGGGCAUUAGUUACAGAUGGCUGAUCUUGACUUUCUUUGGCUGCAUCUCCCUUUGAAUCCUUGAAGGUAAUGUGCAGCAAGGUUGGAUGCAAUCGAGAGCAUUCUUGACACUUAGUCUUGUCUCUACAACUGCUACUCAUGUGGCCAUGUUUCAAGCAUGCAAAGCAUAAGCCUUUCCUUUUCAAAAACUCAAGCUUUUCUUUGUGUGGCUUACUUUUGAAUCCUUUGCAGGUUGUGAAGCCGUGCUGCUCUCCAUUGCAAUAAAAGCAAGGUCUGCUGUUAACAUCCACUGAAACAGACUUUGUUUGUGAUGUUGUAACUUCUUCAUUUUCCUUACAUUUAUUUUCUGUUGAUGAGGCAAUGGAUGUUGUGAAUACCCUUUUUGUUUUAUGUGUUUCUUCAUGUCGUGGUUUUGAUUUUUGUCUGACUGAAUCCUUUGUGUUUAGGUUGGUUUCCUUUAUGUUUCCAUAGAGAGGAUGCAACAAGUACUUGACUUGCUUGUUAACAAAAUCAACAAAGUCCUUGAACUUUACUCUUUUCUUGGUUCUUUCUUGUAGGUCACAGGCAAAUUUUCUCCAGGAUUCUUUGAGUUUGUACGGGAGCUUGUUAGCUAAUGCCUUAAUAUUAGCUGUAUUAUCCAAGUCUUCCAUGUAACAAAUGUCUAUCAUUGUGUUGGAGCAACCGGUGAGAAAUAAUGAGAAAGACUGUAGGGCUGCGCCAUCUUCUGCCUUGAUUGUUUGCCAGUCCAAGGCCUCCUUUAUGUACGCCUCUGCUAGGCUGUAAUCAUCACCAAAAAAAUCCUUUAACAUUUGUUUUGCUUUGGCAUAGCCUGAUGAAGGUGGCAUAUGAACACAGCUCUUUACCAAGUCAUGCGGCUGUCCACUUGUGUAUUGCAGCAAAAACUGUAGACGAUCACGAUCAUCAUCAGUGCGGCUUUCGAUUCCAUGUUCAAUCGAUCUAAUAAAGGAUUUAUAUUCCAA